CUUUAUUAUUUUAUACAGUAACAUAUUUCUUCAAACUAAGUUGUAAUUUACAUGGAGUGUCUAUCAUGAAAACAAUGAAAAAGUUACUUAUGGCGUACGCAGUUAUUAUUUUCAAUAAAAAUAAAUCUGAAAGGGCCGCUUUUUUGGGUGUUAUUAGUGCAGCAGGGAUGUUUCUUGUCGAACAUUAUAGACACGAUAAAGUUCGACAUGCUAUGGCUAAAGAUUUGGCGCGGUUGGAUCAAGAACUGUCUCAAGUUAGGAGAGAAUUAGAUCAAUUAUUAGUUAAAACUAGUGAAAAGUCAAACAGAUCCAAAAAAACUAGAAUAAUAAAAAAAGCUAGUUCUGUUGUAUCGGCUUCAACUGCAGAUGAAUAUUUAAGCUCUGCUAAUAUGGAUAGUUCUGAUUUAGAGUUCUACGAUUUAAGUGACGAUGAAAACGCAAAUAAUACCAAUACUUUAGAAGAUAGUCUUGAUGCUAUAGAUACACAAUUAGAUAGUGGAAUUUUGAGAGAUAUAGAAGAAUCUCUGAAUAAACUCACGGAUUUAUGCAUAGAACAUCCAGAAAAUUGUCAGUUAUUGUGGAGAAUAGGAAAAGCUCAUAAAAAACUAGCAGAUCUUAUUGAAGAUAAAGAUAUGAUUAAGGAACAUGUAACAAAAGGAAUUGAAGCUUGUGAGGCAGCUUUAAAAUUGAAAGAAGAUGAAGCCAAUACUCACAAAUGGUAUGCGAUUUUACUCGGCAAUAGAUCGGAGUUUGGAUCGAUUUCUGAGAAAAUAAGUGAUGGAUUUUUAUUCAAGAAACAUGUUGAAAGAGCUUUAGCAUUGAACCCAUCUGAUGGAACUUUGCAUCAUAUGAUGGGACAAUUCAAUUAUGAAGCAGCUAGUUUAUCAUGGUUUGAACGUAAAGCUGCAACAGCUUUAUUUGGAGUACCACCAAAUUCCACUUAUCCAGAAGCUUUGAAAUAUUUUAUAGAAGCUGAGAAGCAUUUAAAUUAUGAUUGGAAAUCGAAUAAAUUAAUGAUUGCUAAGUGUAAAAUAAAAAUGGAGGAUUAUAAAGAGGCUGUCGAUUGGUUAGAAAAAGCAAGUAAAUGUGCUAGAGAUGGAUUGGACGAUAAGGAUGAUACUGAAAUUAAAACCUUAUUACAAAAGUACAAUAGUUAUAGGUAGUUUAAAAAAAAUUAUUUAUGUACUAGUUUUUAACUGUGGUGUUGUAGGUAUAAUUUUUUAACGACGUUUAUUAUACAUUGAUUUAUAUAUGAAAAUAUUUUAUGUAAUUGUUUUGUCUGAUGUACGAAAAAUUGCUUGAAUAUGAAUGUUUAUUGAUGUAGAAAACUUGACUUUUAUAUCUUUAAAAAAAAUUUUUACCUAAUUAUUUUUACUUAUAUUUAUUUGAAUAAUUGUUUUUGAUUUAUAUAAUGCCUGCUUACAUUCACCUAUCUGCUUAAUUUUUCAUAAAAAUGAAUGCUGAUUCUUCUUUUUGUGCUGUUAAAAAUUUUUUUAUAGUUCAAGUGGUGCCUGCCGUAUGAAGAUGUCUGUGGAUUUUGAGCUUGAACUUCUGCAGGUUGUUGUGCUCGAGAAAAACGAGACUUGUUAGCCAAUUCUACAGGCUUGCACUUCUCCAAUGGAAGGAGUUUCAAUAAAUCGACGUUCUGGAUGUCUGCAGGUGAACUUGGUUUUAAUGAGCCACGUCUACCCGUCGAGUAGGUCUUGCAAAAACUGCUGUAGGUGGGAUUAUGACUGGGAAGAGCAUUUGCCUUGGUAGGAUUGGUGAAAUAGAGUCUGGUCGACAACUUUUUUUCUAUGCUUUAAGCUGUCCAUGUUAUUGGUCAAAUCUGAAUCGUCUAUAAGUCGAAUUGCUCUCUUCUGAAUUGAGUCGAGCAUCCUUAGGGUAUGCUUGGGAACCGAGCUCCAAAUGAACGAGCAAUAUUCCAAAGAUGAACGAAUCUGGGCCUUGUAGAGCUAUAGAAGCUGAUGAGGAAUAUAUAGCUUUUUGGUCUUAAAGAAAACUCCAAGUUUCUGUGAAGAUGCCUUGGCUAAAUCUGCCAUGUGACCAUGCCAGGACAUAUUGGUCCUAAUAUCAACACUCAACAAGUGAAUUUGGAAUGAUGGUGAUAUUUUAUGAUAUUUCCUUCUUACAUAUUCUUUGUAAUAUUUUUUAAAUUUUCCUUGAUUAUUGGUUAAAUCUUUCAUCCAUCCUCUGGUAUACUUUCAUCAAUUUAUUUAUAACUUAGUUUAAUUCCCUGUUUUUUUUCCUUAUUUCUAAAAAUCAGACAUUUCCUAAUUUUUACUUUAUUUGGAUCUUCUUUGCUGUAUAUUAUACCGUAAAACUUUGGAUCCUUCAUUUUAAUUAAAUCAUUUUAGGUCUAUCUGAUGAUAGGUUAACCAUGAUCGAGGGUUAUAUCGAAAGGGAAUUUAAACACAAUUUUCGAAACAAUAUUUAUUUGUCAUUCUGCUUAAACAUCCACGAUCUUUCUUAUAAAAUAAACAGAAUUAACAUUUUACAUGGUAUGGUACACAGAAUAGAUACGAGUAGAAUUAAAAACAAACUGUUUCUUCACUAUCCACUAAUCAAUUGAUUACAUUAACAAUGUACUGAAUAAGUAGGAUAAAUAGUUGUUAUUAAAACUGUUUUUUGUUACUGCUAAACAAAAGAUCGAAAUUUUCAUAAAGGACUAUUUGAGCCGAUAUGAAGUAAAUAAUCGAAUUGCAGUUAACCAUCAAAAUAUCAACACUUAUACUCCAUCGUGAAUUAUUUUGGAAUUGCCAAUGAGACCACAUCAGCAAUAACACAACAUAUGACCCCAUUAUACAUCCACAGCCAAAAUUCAAAAAAAUUAGGCCUGUAUUUUUUACCUACAUAGGAAAUACCAAGAAGCAUAUACACCCCAUCACUAUUGAUGGAAGUCUUACGUUGUACAAAGGUAGGUUAGGUUGGGAUUUGCGAUAAAAAGUUUGUUUGUGCAAAUCCAAAUCUGGAUAUAUAUGGUCAUCACUUAUAUAUGAUGGAAAAGGAACAAUUAUUGGGAAACAAUAUGUCAAUUUACCAAUGUCGUCGUAAGUUGAAAUGGGUCUCAUGAAACUAUUACUAAACAAACGUUAUUGCCUUACAAUUGAUAAUUUUUAUUCAUUAGUUGAAUUAGCAGAUCUUCUAGUAUUCCAUACCACCUAUACCUAUAGAACCAUCAAAUCUAAUAGAAAAGGAAAUCACAAAACUUUAACGGUUCCAAAACAAGUAAAGCCGGGGUUUUUAUCUAAAGAAAAUAUUAGGAAGAGCAAACCACAAGUAGUUAUAAUUUCACUAAAAUAUACAUCAAAGAGAGUUUGUGGUAUGAAUUAUUGGAUUAUAUUAAAGCAUUAAACAAGUUUUGUUCAAACCUUAAAAGUAUUUCUCCACUGAUUAAAUGCUUUUACUUAUAAUUUUAUUGAUUUUUUGCAAUAAGGAGUAGUUUUCACUCUUAACCGUAAUAAGCACAUAUCGGCAUAAAGUAGAUUUUGAAAAUAAGGGUAAGUCAAGCUUAAUUCCAAAUUUUCAUGCAAAGUGAUACAAGUUCUUGGAAAUCGGAGGUAAUACCUUGUUUUUACCUUUGUAGCCAAGACUAAAGUCGGUUAGAUUUAUUCUAAAAGUUGCUAGGACAGGUGUUUCAAGAUUUCAUAAGAAUUACCAGAAUAUAGAUAAAUAGUGGAUUCCAAUAACGAGGCAUUUUAAUAAGUACAUUGUGUUAUGUAAUCAUGACGUAUCUCUAAUUCUUUAUUCCUAUAAUUAAUACAAACAAAAAAUAAAUAUAUAAAAAAGCAUGUUUUUUCUAUGUAGUAGAGACUAGUAUAUUUGGUAAAACAUGUUCAGUAAUAAUACAAAAAGCUGUAAGGUUGUUAUAAAAAAGUAAAUAUUAUAUGGUAUGUACUUUCCCGCCUAUAGUAUUUGAAAAUCAUGUAAAGUCACAGUUUUUAUAAAAUAAAAAAUAUUGGAAAGUUUUUCUUUAAAUAUUUUGAUUUUAAAAUAAAUAGAAAGCAAUUUUCUCCAAUGAAAUAAUGCCAAUAAAAAUGUGAGUUGAUUGAAGGUACAGGAUGUCAAACAUAUACUUUUUUCGAAACCUGUAAGAGUUAUCAAAAAACUUUAAUUACAAAAUUUCUUUGAAUUUAAAAGAAUUUUUAGAUUAUUGACUUUUGGAUUAUACAGUGUCCUAAUUCUUCAGUAUUGACAUCAACUUUGGAAUAUCAAAUGGAACAUCCAGUAACCUGAGCUUUGUGUUUAAAACUUUAUUUUGCAAAUGAUAUUAGGGAGCCUCAUUUUUAUUUUGUGGAAUUUUCCAAAUAUAAAUUUUUCAAUAACAAUUCAAAUAUUACCUAAACCGAGCGAAAAUCAAUUAUCUUAUGAAAGUUACUUUUGUUUUUACCACUUAAUAAAAAAACGCAAUAAAAUAUAGGAUGUUCUAUUUAAAAUUCCAAAGUUGAUGUCGAUAUUGAAGAAUUUGGACACCCUGUAUUAAACCCACAGUCGAUAAAUACAAAGAAUUUUUGUAAUUGGUAACUUCUGAGAAAAGUAUAUGUUUGACACUCUGUAUAUAGUGUUACCUAAAAACUUGAUCAAAUCAUAUGCUGUCAACUAUUACACAUUUCAGUACGUUGACAGUAUAAAAAAUCGAGAUCACACUGUAUAUGUAAUUCGAAAAAGAAAAAUUAGAUUUUGAAAUUGAAUUGUAAAGUAUUGAACUAAAUAUAUUUGAAUAAUUUAAAAAAAUCUGUUGUAAACUAAACGAAUUUUUUUCAAAAAUUUGAGAUUUAUAUUCGAUCGAAAGCAAGCUGUCGCGUGAUCAGUUUUAAAAGAGUUACCUAACACAUAUAGUAAAAAUGAUAUUUUGAAUAUUUUAUUUGAAGUAGUUUAAAUAUUUUUAACUUCUAUAGUUUAGUAUAUAAAUUUUUAUCAUAUUUAGCAGAUAUAAAAGGUUCGGUAUUUAGAACAUUUUUUAUUGGAAGUAGUUAAAUUAUAUAUUGAUAACAAUUAAAAAUGCUAAAAAAUGUAUUAACAUGUUAUAUUUAUCAUAAAAAUUAUUUAUAUGUAUUAUUUGUUUAUGUAAAACAACUUUCAGCAAUUAUACCAAUUGCGGGAAAGUAACCUGUUAUUUGUACAGAUAUCUCUCACAAAAUUUAAUUAGUUUUCUUAUUACUGUAAGCUUUGAAAACUAUUUCUUGAAUCAUUUCAAAUAAUAAAAAUUAAAACGCACCUAUCAUUUAGGGCCAUAUCGGCCCUGUCUGUUUUGUUAGGGUAAGCCACACAGAACUUAUCAAAAAGAAGGUCAACUUGUAUGUAAAUCUUGACAACAUAAAUUUAGUUCUGCCACAUAACAAGCGUGAUGCUAGUGUAAUAAGAAUGUGUCAUUACUCUCAAUAUGUCAUUUGUCAUCAAUCUCUGAAUUCCCGCCACAUUUCAUUCAGAUUUCGGUAUACAGGUAGGUGAUAUUAUCAGAAAUUUGAUUUAUAAUUAUGAUUUUUUGUUGAAAUUUUGAAUGGAGAAUAUAUAUUCUUUAGUAUACAGUCAGAUUGUAAUUUUAUAUUAAAGAGAAUUUGUUUUAGGCCAGGUAGGGACCAUAGCCGUAGAUGAAGAAAUUUGGAAAUCACUGAAAAAUUAAAUAGUAUUCUAAGUAUUCUUUUCUGUAAUUUUCCAUUGAAUAUUUAUUUCUGGUUAGUAUCUAUUUACAUAUUACACUUUUCAAUUUGUUUGUUAGAAAAAUCUAUAUUUUGGUUAGUUCUUAUUUUAAAAGUGAUAUUGUAAUAAUGUGUACUAAUUUUCCUUGGUUUAGUCGAAAAUAUAUGUAAACAUUAUUUUGUAAAUAAACGUGUUUCAGUUUUAAGAUGUUUUUUUACCGUGAACAUAGGAAACUGCGAAAUUGGAACUGGAUAGAAAUGAAUAAAAUAGAAUGAAGUAGAUAUAGAAUGAAAUAGAUUAGUUCUGCCACCUACCAUGGAGGGCACUGGCAACGAAAAUCCACCAUGUUGUUUCCACUGAAUAACAACUAACUUUAGGUUUGUUCUUGGUAGCUGCAUCUGAACUGGAUCAGUGCAGGUCAGUUCAUGAGUGUUUGGAAUUAGUUCGAUCGAAUACAAACAACAAUAUAGUGCAGAGUGCAAUUGUUGAUUGUAGUAUUUGAUGUGAUUCAGGCCUUGUAGUAUUAACAAUAAUGGAAAACUUUUUGAUAUUUUACUUUCGUCCGAUGACAAAAAUGUAGUGCCACCGUUUCCAGAUUACAUUUAUUGCUCUGCACUGGCUGAACUGACUCUAGACCCAGCGCAAGCAGUACAGUGAACUGCUACCAAGAACAGCGAUACUAGAACGCUUUAGUGUACACUUCCUGACUAGUUCUGCUAGUGCAGCUACCAAAAAAACCUUUUGCAUUUCUUUUUAAGGUAUACCAGUCCCCGGAGACGUGGAAUUUCUUUAUAUUAUCAUUAAUUUUCCGCUGUUUUUGUAAUGAAUAAAUAUCCACCCAUAAUUUGAUUAAAUUUAUUUUUCACAAUCAAUAAAAAUACUAAAAAGGUUCAAAUAAGAAGUUUAGAAGUUUUUAUUAAAUUAACUAACCUCAUUGAGGGUUCAACAAAAUAUUGUGUGUACUAUGGGUACCACAUACGCAUAUCUUGUAAUGAGCAUCUUUUACUUUUCCAUUUCUUUCUUAUUUGAAAACCACACAUUGAAAAAAAAUAUUUUAAGUAAUUCCCUUAAUUCCCUAACUAUAUUUUAUCUAUUUCAGCUUAUUUUGUUUGCGGACGGUUGAAGAAACCUGAGUUAUCUGUACAAAGGCAGAGUAUUUAAGAAAAAUGUGCAAUGGUUCAAUGUAAAAAUAGUAAAUUUUUAAUAAUAUUUAAAUGUACUUCGAACCUAAUAAAUUUGAUGAAAACACAGGGCACAAGAUAGAUUAAAACCUUUAUUUCAACUGCAAAUGAAAUUCAAUAAUUCAAUAAAUAGUUUACCAGUGGUGAAUAUUUUUUAAAAAAGUGAAUAAUAAUAAAAAAACCUUUUGGCACUUUCAAACUGAAUCAUAGUAAGUUACAAAAAGCUAUUAAUUAUAUAAACAAAGAUGUUAAUGUAGUUUACUUUCAUCACAGGUAAACUAAAUACUACUUCUGAUGUUAAGAAGCCCAAAAAUGUCUGGAAGUGAAAAAAAAAUAGUAUUAAUACUGUGAGACUGUUUUUCGACUUUUUAAUCAUGUAGCUAAUAAAUAUAAUUAAAUAAAUACGAA